ACAUUCAGGGACAUCUUUCACUGUUGUCGGACACAAGGGGGUGGGUUCGACACGCACCGGUCACCGUCUGAGAUACGAGCGGUGGUGCCGGCUGUCAGAGCUAGUGCUCGGUGACACGUCCGGAUCCUGUCGCUUCAGUCCCGGGAGGUGUGAGCUCCAGGGAGAGAGUGUUCCCGGCAUGUGGGAACACAGCGGUGCGGACGGGAGCGCCUGCUUCCCCCAGCUGCUGUCUGCGGACCGCAAGCAGGUGCGGCAGACGGUGCAGACCCUGGUUCUGGGGCUGCACCGGGACAAGGAGAAGCUGGUCCGAUCUUUCCUGGGGUAUCCGAGCAGCCGGCAGCUCCUGCUGACCCUCUGCGGCUUCCUGGGCUCGGGAGAGACGCGCCUGUGCAGUGAUGUGGCGUAUAUACUGGGCACCAUUGCAGAGAAUGAGGUUGGUGCACAACGUUUGGUGAUGGUGGCUCAGAACCAGCCACAGGAGUCUGGCAACCUGCUGGGCAACCUGAAUGCCAUGUUAAAGUGGACGGAUGAUGAAGCCGUGAUGAACGCUGCAGGUGCACUCAGCACCAUGGCUGAGACUGUUGAAGGCCGACAGUGGUUACUGAAUGACCCCCAAAUUGAGGAGAUAGUGGGCAAUGUGACGGCACUCCUGGACAGUGUAAAUGGCUGGACAGCCAGCAAUGCAGCUCUGGUGCUGGCGAGGAUCACGAUCUGCGAAUCUGGCUGCAGGAAGCUCCUGGAGCACCCUCAGUGCUGGCACACACUCAGCAAGCUGAUCGCAUCUUUGGGUGUCGAUGAGGCAGGCUGUGGAAUGAGUGCAGCUUUUGCACUAGGACGCCUCUGUAAUUUGGACAUCGGUCGCAAACAAACGCUGGACAUGGAAGAGGCCCCAGCUAUGAUUACAGCGCUGGAGAAGAUGAUGUCACACGAGGACACUGGAGGAAGCAAAAACGCCUGCUUUGCAUUGAGCUGCCUGGCUGCAGAUAAGGAUGGACACGCCCAUAUCCUGCAGAAUCCCGUCUUCCCACAAAUAUUAAAUACUUUGUGCAUUUUACUGGAAUCACAAGAGCAGGAGUCAGCCUGGUUUGCUGCCAUGACGUUAAGAGUGUUGGGCAGCCAUCCAAAAGGGGUUAUCAAGCUGAGAGAGCACCCGAAAAUCUCAACACUGUUAAAGACUGUGGCCUGCUCUCCCACUGCCGGCAAGGAUCUGCUGGAAGAAGUGGACUUCACCUUGAGAAAACUGCAGCCUCUCUCCAAGCCUCCUCCUCCUCGUGUAGACAUUCUGAGUGCAAAUUCAAUCCGAAUCAGUUGGAAUAAGCUUGUUCUUGACAGCGGACUGGAGGUGAUAUACAGUUUGUUCGAUGGAGAUAGGUUACUGUAUAAAGGCUCAGAUUGCAGCUUCGUCCUAACAGAAGUAAAAGUGAGUAAAGAAUAUGCCUUCAAGCUGCACGUUUCCACCGAGGGAGACGAUGGAUUGUGCAGUGACGUUGCCACGGCGACUUUGGAAGGGUCUGUACCAAGUUGCCCGUUGAACUUUCGGGUGAUUGGCUGCACUCCAACACAGCUGAAGCUGGCGUGGUCUCCCCCAGCAGAGCCUAAUGGUGUCAUCAAGUGUUACAUUGUGUACAGAGGUGACACAGUGAUUGAAUCAACUUCAGAGCGGAGGUGCAUAGUGAGUGGACUCACGCCUUCCAAAUCCUAUGAGUUUCAUGUGUGUGCCUGCACAAGCAAAGGAAAGGGUGAGAGGUCCUCUCUCGCCGCAAGUACCGCUGAUCCCGGUGACCAUGCCCCUGGGAAACUGACCCUCAACGUCCUGGGGCGCAAUGAGAUGUUCAUCACCUGGAACGUGCCAGAGGUGCCACUGGGACGCCUGUUCAAUUUUGAACUCUGCAUGAACGGGAAGGUGGUGUAUCUGGGAGCAGACCGCUGCUUCACCGCCAGGCGCCUGACAGCGAACACGGAAUACGCCUGCACCGUCAGUGCCAUCACCAGUGAAGGGAAAUGUGAGAGCAAGCCAGUAAUAAAGAGGACAGCCAAGGAUGAGUAUAUAAAUACAACCAGAUGCCUUUACUCUCCAUCCCGCAGAACCCAAUCGGUUGCUUCACCUUCAGCCAGAGAAGGAUCCGACUUAUCCGAACGACUCCGAAAGUCCAGAACCCAACCUAGAACUCAUAAAGAACAGUUCCCUGGCAAAACGCCCAAAGCUCACCAUGUCCCCAGUAAAGGGAGUCUAAAAGGAACUCAUAAGCUAUACAACACAGAAGUUAUAGCCAAAACUGUCACACGGCACAAGCCUCAGUUUUAACAAUUGUGUAAAUAACUUCCAGGAGCCACACAGAUUUAUUUUGUACAGCAGCUGCAAUUGUGUAGUUAGAGUAGCAAUUGACACCAGAAGCAGAUUGGUAUUUUCAGCUCUUAGAAGUGUCCUUUGUAGCUUGUGUUUUUUGUCUUUUUAUAAAUGCAAUGGAAAAGCAGGUUCCAGCUCUUUAUGCAAAAGUGAGCUCGGUUGUGACAAACAGAUCACAAUCUUAGAUUAACAGAUGGGUUUUUGCAUAGGAACCAACUCUCCUAUCAGCUCUUUCUCUCCGAUUUAAAGGAUUAAUGUAUCACCCUGGUGAUCAAGAAGUAUGGACUCCCAGCUUUCAAUAAGAUUACCUCAUGUCUUGUCCAACUGCUUACCCAGUGGAACAUCAGUCCUGGUGGGACAUCAACAGAGUCUUGUGCAUAAACUCCUGUUCCAUCCUCCACGACCAGGCUUUUUCCACUCAAAGAAGAAUCUAAAACCUGGGGUCAUUGUGUGGGGGGAGAAAAAAAAACAGGUCACCGUCACCCACUUGAGGUAGAGGUGACAUGAAAUUUCUUCUCCCAGAAUGUUGUCAGUCUUUGGAUCUUUCUUCCUCAAUGGGCAGUGGAAGCUGAGUCUUUGAAUAUUUUUAGAGCAGAGGUAGAUAUGGAUUGAUAAGAAAGGGGUGAAAGGUUACCACGGAUUGACAGGAAUAUGGUGUCAAGAUUACAAUCAGAUCUGCUGUGAUCUUACUAAAUGGUGGAGCAGGCUUGAGGA